AGGAAAAGGUUCCCUCCCGUCCGCGGCUGCCGCGUGAGAACAGAGCCGGGCUGAGGCUCCCUUCUCCUCCCUCCCCCAGGUCCUGUGGCAUCUCCCGGAACGUGGGGGACCGGGCUGGGGGGGUCGUCUCCCCUCCGCUCUCCCCAAUGGGCUCUUCCCGCCCGCCCCGAAUGCCCCCUAGGACUCGGCAGGAAUAAGGACAAGGACACCCAGCAGCCAUGUCAGGGGACUAUGAGGAUGACCUUUGUCGCCGGGCUCUGACCUUAGUCUCUGACCUGUGCUCCCGGAUCCAGGAUGCUGAUGAAAAAUGCCAGGAGUUUUGGCGGAUCCGAGGCUAUCCGCGGCCCUCAGAUGCAGACAUCUCGGUGAGCCUGCUCUCGGUGAUCGUGACCUUCUGUGGCAUUGUCCUGCUGGGUGUCUCGCUCUUCGUGUCAUGGAAGCUGUGCUGGGUGCCCUGGCGGGACAAGGGGGGCUCGGCCCCCGGGGGCGGCCCGCUUCGCAAGGAUCCUGGGGCCGGCCUGGCGGGGCUGGUGGGUGGCGGGGCCGGUCACCACCUGGGGCCUGGCCUGGGGGGCCCACACCACCUCCUGGGUGGGCCCCACCACCAUCCCCCCUUCUCGGAGCUGCUAGAGACUGGAGGGGUGGGGGGCCCCGAGCCCCCAGAACCAUCCUACCUGGACAUGGACUCUUACCCAGAUGCUGCGGCCGCCGCCGCCGCCGCCGUGGCCGCUGGGGUCAAGCCCAGCCAGACGUCGCCUGAGCUGCCCGCCGAUGGCAGCGCUGGGACUGGUGGGGGGCUCCUCCUAGUGCCCCCUGGGGGAGGUGGGCUUCCCAGUGCUCAGUCCCACCAGCAGGUCACCAGCCUGGCCCCUCCAGCGAGGUAUCCAGCUCUUCCCCGGCCCCUCACUCAACAGCCCCUGACCCCCCAGCCCCCAGCCCCGAGCCUGACGGAGCCUGAGGAGAGACCCCCGGCCCCGGCCCUGCCUCUCCCGCUGCCCGCGGGCGAGGAGAAGGCCAGGCUCAUCGGGCAGAUCCAGCCCGAGCUGUACCAGGGGGCGGGGGCCGGGGCCGGGGCCGGGGGCCGGCGGGCGGGGGCCGGGCCGGGGGCCGGCCGCUUCAGCUUCGCCCUGCGCUACCUCUACGGCUCCGACCAGCUGGUCGUCCGGGUCCUCCAGGCCCUCGAUCUGCCGGCCAAAGACUCCAACGGCUUCUCCGACCCCUACGUCAAGAUCUACCUGUUGCCGGACCGCAAGAAAAAGUUUCAGACCAAGGUGCACAGGAAGACUCUGAACCCGGUGUUCAACGAGACCUUCCAGUUCUCGGUGCCGCUGGCCGAGCUGGCCCAGAGGAAGCUGCACUUUAGCAUCUAUGACUUUGACCGCUUCUCCAGACACGACCUCAUCGGCCAAGUGGUGCUGGACAACCUGCUGGAGCUGGCAGAGCAGCCGCCCGACCGCCCCCUCUGGAGAGACAUCAUCGAAGGCGGCUCGGAGAAGGCCGACCUCGGGGAGCUGAACUUCUCCCUGUGCUACCUCCCCACGGCCGGGCGCCUGACCGUGACCAUCAUCAAAGCCUCCAACCUCAAAGCUAUGGACCUCACCGGCUUCUCGGACCCUUACGUGAAGGCCUCCCUGAUCUCCGAGGGCCGGCGCCUGAAGAAACGCAAGACCUCCAUCAAGAAGAACACGCUGAACCCCACGUACAACGAGGCCCUGGUGUUUGACGUGGCCCCGGAGAGUGUGGAGGCCGUGGGGCUGAGCAUCGCUGUGGUGGAUUAUGACUGCAUUGGGCACAAUGAGGUCAUUGGGGUGUGCCGAGUCGGGGCGGAUGCGGCUGACGCCCAUGGCCGAGAACACUGGGCAGAGAUGCUGGCCAACCCCCGAAAGCCUGUGGAAUACUGGCACCAGCUGGUGGAGGAGAAGACCCUCACCAGCUUCACCAAGGGCACCAAGGGACUGAGUGAGAGAGAGAGCUCCGAGUGAUGGUCUGGCCCUCUAGGCUCUCACACCCCCCACCGGGAAUUCAUCUCCUCAAAGCCAUAUGGACCCGCCGUCCAGCGCUGGGGAGGGAGGGAGGCUCCGGCUCAGCCCCUCCCCUCCCCCUCCCUCCCAGCCAGGGACCUGGGUCCGAGGAGGCCGAGGCCUGCGGGUCCGUGCCAUGAGGGGGGAACCUGACCCCCCCCCCGUGUCUGUCCUUCCCAUCCUUGGGCUCCCCUCAGGGCGGGGCCGUGCAUGUCGAGGGGCUGGGGCCCCUCCCCUCCGUCGGACCCCCCUCCCGGUUCUCGUCCAGGCUCUGUCGUCACCCCCCUGCUGUGACCGCCCCUCCCGGGCGCCUCCUCCGGCCCCGGGCCUCCUCUCGGCCCCCUCACUGCUGCUGCUAACACCAGAAUAAACGCACCGAGGGUCUCUCCUCC